ACUGAUGUCUUUUUGGAAUUGUUUAUUAAAGAAGGAAGUAUGACCGGUCUAUUUAGGAGUGAAGAAGAAGGAAACUGGGAAGGGGAGGAGGUGAUGGAGAAUUCAGUUGCUGAACAUCAACGCAGUGAAGCAUCUUCUUCUUCGUCAGAUCCUUCAAAUCAUGCUCAGGUAUGCAUUGAAAUGGAGAAAAGUAUAGAAGUCUCUUUGGUUCAUCAGUCUAGGCGACCAAAUCUCUCCUCUUUGCAAAUACCUUUGAGGUCUUUGGAAAGUUCUUUCUAUGAUUUUACAACUGUAGAUAUUCCUUCUGACCCAAGUCCUAGCUCGACUAAAGCAGGGCUGCCUCCUAGACCCCAUUCAGCUAAAAUCAGAUCCUCUGUUAGAAAUCUUCUUCCACAAAGGAGUUUUAGGGUAAAUAAUUUGUGCCAAAAAGGUGAGAAGAUGGUUCUUUUAGUUCCAGAGACACCUCCUUCUGAUAGUUCUAUGGAGAAGCCUUCUACGUCAAGGUCAUUUUCUCUCAACAAAGUUUUGUUCCCUUCAAAAAAGGUAGCACAUUCUUUACCAGUUACACCAAUUGCGUAUUCAGGUCCAAAGCCUAUACCGGAAAGACAUAUAGAUGCUCAGUCUCAUGUUACUAACUCAGUAGUUCAGCCACAUAGUAUGACACGCUCAUUGUCAGUACCAGUUAAUGUUAAACCUAUAAGUGUAAGACGAGCAGAUUCUGGAAGAGGUUUGGUCCGUGUAAUUUCAGCAACUCCUCGUCCUGCAGCACUUGAGGGUUCCUUGCCAGAUGAUGCCCCAUCAACAGAAAUUACUAGUGAAGAUGCAGGUGAAGACAUUCCUGAAGAAGAAGCAGUAUGCAGGAUUUGCUUGGUUGAGCUGGGUGAAGGAGGUGAGACUCUGAAGAUGGAGUGUAGCUGUAAAGGAGAGCUUGCACUUGCUCACAAAGACUGUGCAGUGAAGUGGUUUAGCAUCAAAGGAAACAAGACAUGUGAUGUCUGCAAGCAAGAUGUUCAGAAUCUCCCUGUAACUUUAUUGAAAGUGAAUGAUCCAAGGAUUGUUAUCAGACGACCUCCGACUGUGCCACAGCAGGCUCAAGUUUCUGGUUACAGGGUCUGGCAGGAUAUACCAGUUCUCGUCAUGGUCAGCAUACUGGCUUACUUCUGUUUCCUUGAACAACUUCUGGUGUCUGAUUUGGGUCCUCGUGCUCUAGCCAUCUCAUUACCAUUCUCCUGUGCUUUAGGUCUUCUUUCCUCCAUGAUUGCUUCCACAAUGGUGAGCAGGAGUUACAUAUGGGCAUAUGCUUCCUUCCAGUUUGCAAUGGUUAUUCUGUUUGCUCAUAUCUUUUAUACAGUACUUGCUGUGAACCCAAUUCUCUCGGUCCUCCUGUCGUCCUUCACUGGAUUUGGUAUUGCAAUUAGUACAAAUUCAGUUCUUGUGGAAUACCUCAGAUGGAGAAUAAGAAGAGAAACACAACCACGACAACAGCAUAUUAACGGAACCUUGCAGCAAUGACCAGCUAAGGCGUCCCACCCUACAUGCAGAACUGACCAGCAAAGGCGGCAACCAGAAGACUGCCGCCAGUAUAUUGAUAGUCGUGAUAUUACAUUCAGUGGCAGUAAGAAACCAUUACAAUUCAUUUUUGUCUUAAUUUUCUGUUUGCAUAUGUUACUUGACAUUUAGGCAAAAAGCUUUGAAAUCCACUUUGAGUUUAGGUGCUUGAACUUGAAAGUUGAUCAGAUGUGAAGACAUGAGAAGCAGCUCUUUGGUCAGUAAAAGUACCAUGAGGCCCUUGUACUAAGAUUUAGAUUGCAUUUUGCCUUCUCUACUCAAAAAACGGGAAAAUUAAUUUCUGUACAUUAGAUUAAAAAGCAAAUUGGUCAUUCUGUUAUAAAUUUCACCUAUUUCUACCCGUAAAAGUUGGUCCAUAUAUGUCAGAAUGAAGCAUAUAUAGUAUGCUAUAUGUAAUUGUUUGGUUAUUCUGUCAGCAUGCUAUAGAAUGAAGCAUAUAUGACAUAUAUUGCAUAGAAAUAGAUGAAUUUUUUAAUAAAAAAGAUUAAUUUGUUA